GCUCUGCAGUCACUGCCGUCAUCGCUCUUCAUCUCCGGAGAGGCAAAGUGCAGGCGAAAAUUGUGUGUUUCCCUCCUGCGGGCAGAAAAGCCAAACUAUCCAUCUUCCCCGGUCUGUGGACACUUGUGCAGUAGAUCAGUGAUCAAGUUGAGAGGCCAUGGCUGCCACUGCACGGAUUUUCGCUAGAGUUAAAGAUAACCUCAUUCUGCCUGGAGUGCGGUUCAGCAGUGUAUACCACGCCACCCGGAAGAACCUCAUCCUCACGGCGGAGACACGAGUCAUCUGUCAGGGCUUCACCGGCAAGCAGGGCAGCUUCCACGGCAAGCAGGCCAUCGAGUAUGGCACAAAGAUGGUCGGCGGCGUGUCGCCGGGGAAAGGAGGCAAAACUCACCUGAAUCUGCCCAUCUUCAACACUGUCAAGGAGGCCAAGGAUGCGACGAACUGCGAGGCUACUGUAAUCUACGUGCCUCCGCCGCACGCCGCCAAGGCGAUCUUCGAGGCUCUGGAGGCGGAGAUUCCUUUGAUCGUGUGCAUCACGGAGGGCAUCCCGCAGCAGGACAUGGUGCGCGUGAAGCACGCCCUGCUCAGGCAGGACAAAUCGCGCCUCGUGGGCCCCAAUUGUCCGGGCAUCAUUGCGCCGGAUCGCUGCAAGAUCGGCAUCAUGCCCGGCCACAUUCACCAACAGGGCUGCGUUGGCGUCGUGUCACGUUCCGGCACGCUCACGUACGAGGCCGUCAACCAGACGACCGAGGUGGGCUUGGGACAGACGCUGUGCGUGGGCAUCGGCGGCGAUCCCUUCAACGGCACUGAUUUCAUUGACUGCCUCAGCAUCUUCCUCAAGGAUCCCGAGACAAAGGGCAUCGUCCUGAUCGGCGAAAUCGGCGGCGUGGCCGAGGAGAAGGCCGCAGAGUUUUUGCUCGAGCACAAUCAGGGCAUCAAGGCGAAACCCGUGGUGUCUUUCAUCGCGGGUCUCACGGCGCCGCCUGGGCGUCGAAUGGGACACGCGGGAGCCAUCAUCUCGGGCGGAAAGGGUGGAGCGCAGGACAAGAUCAACGCUCUGGAGAAGGCCGGCGUUAUCGUUACGCGCAGUCCGGCUCAGAUGGGAAAGGAACUGUUCAAGGAAAUGAAGCGCCUGGAGCUGGUGUAAGGCGGGAUGUCUCACCGGCCGCACACUCCACAGAGCGUCUCAGGAAAGGUGCUCGACCAUCUCAGUGGGUAUUUGUCACAAGAUUCCAUCAAUCAGAGUGUCUGCCAAGCACUUUUCUCCCCUUCUCUAGCUUCCGCUCUGGUGUCUCGAGCACGCUUUUGCCGUUCUUCUCAUUAUCAAUGCUCAUGAUUUUUCCUUUUCCUUGUCCGGCAGACACUGUGCUUGACGCGAUUGUGUGACGAUCAUUGUUAUUUAUAACGUUUAAACAAGUGAGAAAAUUAUGGAUCCAGAGAGAGAUAAUCGGUACAGUGAAGGAUCGCAACACCAUAGAAGAAUAUUUAGUAAUUUAACGCACUCUGUCGAAUGAAAUAACUAAAACAAGAUUAUUGAAUUGUGGAGAGUAAGAGAAAUUGUGAAAUUAAACUUGAAUUUAAUCGAAAA